GAAAGAUGGCGCCCUCGCACGUCCUGAGAUGCUGUCAGCGGGUUCUGGCGUGGAUUCCGGUGGUUUUCAUCGCGGUGGUUGUCUGUUGGUCGUACUACGCCUACGUGCUGCAGCUUUGUGUGUUCACCAUCGCCAGUAUAGGAGAGCAAAUUGUCUACCUGAUCUUCUUCCACUUCUCUUUCAUCAUGUUUGUUUGGUCUUACUGGAAGACCAUCUUCACCAGGCCUGCCAACCCCUCGAAAGAGUUCUGUCUGCCCAAAGCUGAAAAAGAGCGUUACGAGAAGGAGGAGAGGCCGGAGUCCCAGCAGGAGAUCCUGUGGCGAGCCGCCGCCAGGCUGCCGGUGUACACCCGCACUGGAGCCGGAGCUAUCCGGUACUGUGACCGCUGUCAGGUCAUCAAGCCAGACCGAUGUCAUCACUGCUCCGCGUGCGACAUGUGUGUGCUAAAGAUGGACCACCACUGUCCCUGGGUGAACAACUGUGUCGGAUUCUCCAACUACAAGUUCUUCAUCCUCUUUCUGGCCUACUCGCUGGUAUACUGUUUGUUCAUUGCAGCCACCGUACUCCAGUACUUCAUAAAGUUCUGGACACUUUGCCGGAGGAAAUCGGCAGAAAACUGCCCAAAGAACGAGCUGCAGGACACUCCUGCCAAGUUCCACGUCCUGUUCCUGUUUUUUGUGGCGGCGAUGUUCUGCAUCAGUAUUUUAUCCCUCUUCAGCUACCAUCUGUGGCUCGUAGGAAAGAACAGGUCCACGAUAGAGGCUUUCAGAGCGCCCGUCUUCAGGACAGGUUCUGAUAAAAAUGGCUUCUCUCUGGGUUUUCGGAAGAAUAUCGCACAGGUUUUUGGAGACCAGAAAAAAUACUGGCUGCUUCCUGUUUUCACCAGUCAGGGAGACGGCGUGACGUUUCCCACACGGUUGGUGACAGCGGAUGUGGAGCAGGCCUCAGCGACGCUGCAGCCAGAUGCCAGUAAGAGUGUGGUUGAUGUUCCUGUGAGUUCCCUCAGCGAGUCGCACAAUCACCUCCUGACUAACAACAUAGACGAUCAUCUGGUCAAUAACCAGUCAGCUGGAAGUGAAACCAUCACAGUGUCCAUGGAGAGCGAGUCAUAACCACAUCAACGCCGCCGUCGGAGAUCGUCCUCUGACAGUUUUUCAGAUGCCUUAAACAACAUAGCGGUUUAGUGUGUCACCACGGAAACAGUCUGCACGGAUCCGUUUAGCGUAAUUAUGGAGAUGCAUUCCUCUUCUGCACUGAGGCACCAGAAUUUUCUUCACACUGUCGAACGUUAUGCCUCGGAACCGUUUUUUUUUUUUUUUUACACACUAACAUAAAUCCUUUUUUUCUGGCCUUAUUGACAUUUUGAAACCUCACAACUGAAGGACUCUUUGAAGGAGGAAUUCCCAGAAUUCUGCUGGGAAUGGGAUUGACUUUUGGUGGGGGAUUUUGGGAGAUGAUCCAGGUCCCUGCAUUUGCUCUGAAACUUUUUUUUUUUGAAGGCAGCACGACCUGUAUGACUUUUUUUUUUUUUUUUUUUAAUUCGUGACGUUGGGUUCCUGAACGCCCGAGCGUGCACCUGUUUGGGACUGAAACCUGAACGGCGUUCAUCUCCCUGGACUGCACGGAACCGCAGCUCACCCAACAAUGACUGAACCUCACCUCGCCGAAAAUAACUGGAACAGUGCUUUGGGUACUAGAGCACAAGGUGGAGCAUUUGCACUUUGUCAGUGUGCAUCAAACAACAUGCAGCUUUUGAUUGCGUGCGAACAGCAGACGCCUGACAGAGAGGAUGCACAAGUCUGAUCCACUGGCUUUGGAUCGGGACCCAUGUGGAUUUUAUUAAAGGUACUCUCCAACAGUCACUGCUUGAGCCCCGCCCACCACACCUCUGAUUGGCCUAUAGAAUUUGUGAUGCAGUAAGUUUUGUGCUUGUUAAUGAAUGCUGCCCCCUGCAGGAGAGAAUUAUAAAACCACAGUGACAGUGUUGGGGUUAAUAGGGGGUGGGGUGUUUUUGGUGUUUCUGGGGUGGUUGCACUUUCCUCUGCCAAACAUUUAGCUUAAUUUAUUCUGUGAACAUUUAAUAUUUAACAUGUUUCUGAGCGGUUUGUGCUAAAAUGAAAGCACGCUCCUGAAACACUGACUGUAAGAAUCCAGGUCUUCACAGGUCCAACACGACCGAUCAGAGUCUGCUGUGAUUAUAGACCCCAAAGGGACGCGGUCCAAAACACCUUUCACUCACAGACCAAGUCCAAUCCAAUCGCACCAAACCUCGGUCAAGUCAUUCCCUGUUUUUGCAGCCUUCUCAGUUCAGACUGCAGCUGAAACUGAUCAGUUUCAGCUGGAUUAGGUUUUCUCUCAUUUAGUCAUUUAGUGCCGGGAUCCUUGUUUACUGUUAUCCAUUGAAGUCAGUGUAACUUUUGAAGCGGUUGAAAACUGUUUAAAACCAGUAAAGCCAGAUUCUCAGAUUUAGCCGGACUGAAGUCAGCUGAUCAUUUUUCUGUUUGUACAGAUUCGUUUAAAACCAGUACAAACUAAAACUUCUGGUUUAAUUCGGACUAAAACAUGUUUAGAAUGAGUUUGUCCUUUGUUCAAAACCCCAUUAUCUCAAAUGUAACUGGAUGGAAUUCUGUUAGUAUUUUUGUUUGUUUGCACAUAUUUAUUUAUUUAUUCAUUUCAAACAUGUUCCAUCAUCAGCAAAGUCGACCACAUUCACAACAUCCACAUCUUCACAUCGUCAUGUUUGAAAAGGAGCAGGCUAAAGUAUAAACUUAUAUUACCCCAUUUCCACAACACAUUAAAACACAAUUCUGUCAUCUUCACAAUCAAAGAUUUACACCCUCCCCCCACAUAUGUAAAAAGAAAAUCACAAAAAAAGUUGAAACAUACAACUCGACCAGUUCCUAAAUCCAUACUGACUUUCAGUCAGCAGCUGAUGUUCCUCGAUAAAAUUGUCAAAUCGAUUUAUGAAUAGUUUUCCAAAAUUUUAGAGAAAUAGGAAAGUACUGAAAUGGGCCUGUAAUUAGUGUAACAGUGCUUAUCUCCUGGUUUGUAAAUGGUAACAACUUCAGCUACUUUUAUCCUGCGCGGAAAGACUCCAGUUUGAAAAGACGAGUUGAAGGCGUGCAGCGGUGGUUUUACUAAACCCUCAAUCACACUCCUCACGGUUCGCAUGUCGAUACCCUCCCAGUCCAUACUGGUUUUGUUCUUGAAGCCUUUCACGACGGCAUAAAUUUCACGUCCUUCCACUGCUUUUAGAAAUGUGGCGCUAUAACUUCUUUCAACAUAAUCUGGGGCAGCUGUUUCUGCCCCUCAGUCUUCGUGGCCUCUUACAGGUUUGGGCCAACGUUUACAAAGAAAUCACUGAAUCCAUCGGCUACUUCAUUCAUAUCUUUUAUACUCCAUUCAUUAUAUUUUGGACAAGUGUUUCUUCUCUCAUUUUUAAUGAUCAAAUUUAAUAUUUUCCAUACACCUAUUGUGUUCUAAUUUAUUGAUAUAAUAUUCUUUCUUACACAUUUUCAUUAUAUUGGUUAGUUUUUAUACCUUAUAUUUCAUUUCUGUUUCAAUAGUUCUGCUCUUUAUAAAUCCUUUAUUAAAUAUUUUUUUUUUUUUUUUUUUGCAGUCAUUUUGUAGCCCUUUAGUCAUCCACGGUCUUUGUUUUUUCCCCCUGUUAUAUUUUAUUACUGGACAGUUUUUAUCAUAUAGGGUUUUAAAUACAUUUAAAAAUGUUUCAUAUGCUUUGUUGACAUUAUUGUCUUUGUAUAUUAUGUUUUGUUUUAAUAAUUCAUUUUUUAAAUUUGUUCAGUUUCUCAUAAUUUAUAAUUCUUUUAUACAUAAUAUUACUCUCACUUCUGUUUACCUUAUAGUUACAAUUGUAAAGCUGCAAAUACAGGUAAAUAAUCACUUAUGUCAUUAAUUAACAACCACAACUGACAUUAUUCUCAAUAUUAUUCAUAAAUAUAUUAUCUAUUAAAGUGGCACAAUGAGAUGUGAUUCUAGUUGGCCUAGUUAUCAGUGGAGAUAAAUCCAUGCUGCACAUGAUAUCACUAAAGUCAUUUGUAUUUUUAUUGUAAUUUGGAUUUAACCACUUUCUGAUUUAGGUUAGUAAAUAAUUCCUCUAUGCUGUUGUUAAAUAUUGUAAUCUCUGAUCCUGGUGUUCUGUAUGUGCACCUGAAAAUGAUAUUUUUCUUCCUUUUGACAUAGAUUUCAACACUUAGGCAUUCCAUCAUUUCAACAAUGUCAGUCGUCAUCCUCUCCACACAUUUGCAGUUUAAGUUUCUGUCUACAUACGGUGCCACCCCACUUUCUUUUUUUUAGUUAUCCUCCUACCCAAAUGAACAAAUUCACAUCCAUCCAAUUCAAAAUCUCCACUCUUUUCUGGAGUCUCCAGGUCUCUGAUAUGACAAUCACACUCAAAGGUUCUUUUUAAACACUCUUAGAUGUCCUUUAAUUGAGUGAAAGUUUGCACUUAGACUUCUACAUAAGCAAUUAAAACCAGUGUGAAUGAAAUCCUCUGGUUUAAAUCAGAUUGAAACAUUUUUAAAAUGGUGUAGAAUUUGUUUGUCCCCUUUGUUUAAAACCACAUAAUCUCAACUUUAACCAGACUGAAGUCAGUUGGUCAUUUUCCAUUCAUACAGACAUAUUUAAAGCCAAUUACAACAGAUUAAAACAUGUUUGAAAUGGUUUAAAUAUCUCAAAUACGUAUAUCCAGAUUGAAGUUGGGUUAUCACUUUUUUUUCUGUUUGUAUAAACAUGUUUAAAAUCGGUGUAAACUAAAACAUCCGUCUUAAAUCAGAUUAAAACUAAAAUGAAGCAUUUUAGACAUUUAAAACCUGUUAUAUAUA